AUGGUACCUUCUAACGGCAACAUCAGCGGCGGUAGUUCUUAUGGGGACGUCGUUGCGUAUUACUGUGACGCUGGAUACGAGAUCAGCGGCGAUGAAGAACGAACUUGCCAGUCGGACCAGACCUGGAGCGGCACUCAGCCAACAUGCGCCCGAAAACCCUGCCCAGAGUUACCGCAUCCAACCAACGGCAACAGGACAGAAGGUCAUCUUUACGGAGACACAGUCACCUUUUUUUGUAACGAAGGCUACGAACUGAUCGGUUCUGAAAACAGAGCUUGCCAGACCAACCAGAGCUGGUCCGGUGUACAGCCCAUUUGCACCAGAAAACUCUGCCAACAACUGAUGGCACCUUCUAAUGGCAACAUCUACGGCGGUAGUUCUUAUGGGGACGUCGUUACGUAUUACUGUGACGCUGGAUACGAGAUCAGCGGCGAUGAAAAACGAACUUGCCAGUCGGACCAGACCUGGAGCGGCAUUCAGCCAACAUGCGUCCCGGGACUGUCCACCUUACACGUGGUGAUGAUUGCCGUGGUGCCAUCUGUGGUACUACUUGUACUGGGAGUAGUAGCGGGAAUUCUGGGAUACCGGCGCGGCAGAAAGAGACAAAGCGACGACUUUGAAUUAGAAGAGUUUGACUUUCAUCCAGAUAUUCUAGAUAAAAAAUUAACAAAUUUGGACAAACCACAACCCCCGCCUGUGCCGGCUCGGCCACAGUUCCUGGAGUACGAGGUAAACCCGGAUGAUCUGCGACUGAAUGAAGAGAUCGGCAGAGGGGCCUUCGGUAUCGCCUUCCUCGCGACUUUAAAGAGAGCUGUUGAUGGUCUUCUCACGGAACAAACAGUGGUGGCCAAAACUGUCCGUGAGAACGCGAGAGAAGAGGAGAUACAGAAUUUUAUACAAGAGGUCGACACCACCAUCACCCUGAGGGGCCACAUCAACCUGCUCGGUCUGGUGGGCUGUUGCACAAUGUCCCACCCUCCGUACCUGGUGACGGAGUACAUGCCGUAUGGAGACCUCAAGAACUUCCUACUCAAGUGCAGGAAGUUGAAUGAGAGGCUCCAAGACAGCAUGUAUGACUUCGACGACAUGAAGAUCUACCAGGUAGCACGGCAGAUAGCAAACGGAAUGACUUACAUUUCCCAGGCUGGUUACGUGCACGGUGAUCUGGCCGCCCGGAACGUGCUGGUAGGAGAGGACCUGGUGGUGAAGAUCGCAGACUUCGGCCUGACAACAGACAUCUACGAGCGAGGCUACCAGCGGCAGGACGCGGAGCAGAAGAUCCCGGUGAGGUGGAUGGCGCCGGAAAGGCUAAUGCGAGAGGGCCGGUACACCAGCAAGAGUGACGUUUGGUCCUUCGGUGUGGUGCUGUACGAGAUCGCUACGCUCGGGAACGUGCCCUAUCCGGGUCGGGAACGCACGCUCCUGGAGGAACUCCGCACAGGGUACCGCGAACCACGCCCGCCUGGCCUCAAACAAGAACUGUACGACACGAUGCUGCGGUGCUGGCAAUGGGAUGAAGAUGAUCGCCCGGAGUUUGAGGAGCUUUACGAUGAGCUGGACGCUGAGGUAGAAGUGAUGGCCGAGGAUUACUUCAAACCCGGUUCCGGCUCCCCAGUGGGGGGUCAGAAUCAGGCAGCAGAAGCUUUUGAAACCUCGUACGACGUCCCAAAGUCGGGCCGGAUGGGGAUGCAACUCCGCGUCACUGCAGACGUCUACAACAGCGAAGAUCGUGAUGAAGUCGACUCGCUCGCGUCCUCCAAUGCAGAAGCCAGUUCCACUCCAAUAGAGAAGGAUGUGGACACUGGCAAUGAUACUCAUACAGCAGUUGACAAGUGCAAGGCCACGCAGCAAGACACCCUCUCGGAAAUUGAAGACCAAGACCAACUACAAGUGGAAUCCUCCAUCCCACCGGGUGCAGUAAGUAUGAAUGCCAAUGACAGUUCCACCGACUCCGAGCUGCCAGAGCCAGCGAAUGUGCAGAAAAAUGAAACCCCGGCUACAAUUGAGGACAACACCGAAGAUGCUGAAGAAGAAAUGCCUCCAACAACAGAAGAAACUGUGCAUUAUUACUAAUGGCUUAUUUUUACAGAAGUCAGUUCUAUCUACAGGAUGUAUUACUGUUUUUGUGAAGGCAUUUAUGAACAUGGAAAUGGAUCAUUUAUAUUGCCAACAUACUUUAAAUGUUGAAUAUUUUUAUUAGGUUAUGUACAGCUUACUGCAUAUAUUUUCCUUGUGCAUAAUUUCUUUGUAAAAGAAACAUUGUUUCCGCAUAAUAAACAGAGUUGCAGUAGUUUGUUACGAGAGACAAUGUGAAGUUAACAUUAUGAAUUUGCUUUGGAAUUGUUACCUUUCAAGUCACCAUUUAACAUAUAUAAUGUACUAUCCUAGGAACUGCAGUGCUAUAUGUAUCAAAUAGGUGUCGCGUUUGCAUUGACGCUGCUACCUAGCAACGUGAUUGGUUAGUCUCAUUUUAAGAACCCAUAG